AUGCAAGAGUUCGACAUUGUCCUGCGUAACGCCUGUGUCAACGGCUCUCAUACUUGUGACAUCGGGAUCAAAAAUGAAGCCAUAACCGCCUUGGGUCUAGGACUAGUACCGACAGAGGACACCGAAGUAAUUGACUGCGAAGGGGCUGUUGUCACUCCCGGAGGCAUUGACGGACACGUUCACCUUGCCCAAGAUCGAUCGCCACGAGCACGUGCGGCAGGGUAUGUAAGUGCUGAUACAAUUGAGACGGGGACGCGAAGUGCCGUGGCGGGAGGCACAACAACGGUUCUGCUGUUUGCAGAACAAGCAAAGGGCCAGUCUCUGAAAGAGCAAGUUGCAAAUUACCACCUUCUUGCUCAAGAGCAAGGUUCCUACGCGGACUAUGGCUUUCACGCCAUUAUCACUGAUCCAACGGAAGAAGUGCUGGAGAAUGAACUUCCCAUCCUCGCUCGCACCGGAGGUAUUAUGAGCAUGAAACUCUUUCUGACGUAUAAACAUAUGCGCAUCUCAGACAAGCAAUUUCUAAAAGCUCUGAAAAAGGCGCGAGAACUGAAAAUGGUAGCUUUAGUGCAUGCCGAAAAUGGCGAUUUGGUUGAUUUCUUCACUGAGCACCUUGAAGAGAUGGGGCUCACGGAACCGAUGUACAAAGCCAUUGCGCACCCUCUAGAAGCAGAAGCUGAAGCGGUCAAUCGGGCCGUCACCUUCUCCUCGAUAAUGGAUACACCAAUGGUGAUUGUCCAUGUGUCGGUACAAGAACCAAUGCAAAUUAUCCGGAAAGCACAGUCUUUGCUCAAACCCGUGUUCGCAGAAACUUGCCCCCAAUACCUCCUGCUUGGGAAGCAGAUGCUUGCGGAAGAACAUUUCUGUGGCGCAAAAUACAUCUGCUCGCCGCCGUUGAGAAGUUAUCCCAAGGAAAUCGAAGCGAUAUGGCGAGGGAUCGUGAAUGGCACAUUCACAAUUUUCUCAUCGGACCACUGUCCAUACCGCUUCAAUGAUCCUCAAGGAAAGCAACUUGGAUUCUCCCGUGAUUGUAAUGGGGAUCCUAAAGGAAUAUUCACAAAAAUACCUAAUGGCCUUCCUGGCGUGGAAACCAGAGUACCGCUACUCUUUUCCGAAGGUGUUCUGAAACGUCAAUGUAUCGACGUAAAGCGCUUCGUGGAACUCACUUCCGAAAAUCCUGCCAAGCUUUAUGGGCUCUAUCCCAAGAAAGGAGCCAUACAAAUAGGCUCUGAUGCAGAUCUUGUGAUUUGGCACCAGCAAGAAAGCUUUAUCCCGAAGAGGUUGAACCACGAUAGAGACUUGCAUGAUGGGUGUGAUUAUUCGCCAUACGAAGGCAUCGAGUUUCUGAACUGGCCUCGAAUGACACUUCUGAGGGGAAAGAUCGUGUUCAGAGAAGGAAGUAUAGUCGGAAAGAGGGGUUAUGGUCAAUUUAUUCGUCGGAAACCAUGUUCUUUGCCCUUUCAAAGGAGAAUGGGUAAGCAGUGGAAUGUUUUGCAAGCUGCUUUGUGACAGUAGUUUGUCCUUUGGAGUUCCCGGGAAUUGGGAGGAGCAAAACAUUUAGCAUCUUGAAUAAAAUC